GUCACCAUCAUUACUCCCACCCACCACUUCCACACUCUCCUUCGUGAACGACAUGUCAGCAGCCUUCCGCGCCCUCUCUCUGGGCGUAGGAUCCUUCGACAAGUCCCGCUUCGGGCCACAGGUCGACGUCUUCGAUCGACAAGAGAGGCAGGAUCAGGGUAGCCAGCAGCCUUCAUCGGUGGCUGGACCUUCUACUCUCCCCGCCGAGCUUGACUUCUUUGGCAGCAGCAGCGGCAGCAAUGCCAAAGGGCUUCCAUCUGCCCACAGCGUUCGGUCCGGAGCCGACGGUGAUAUCGGAGAAGAGCUGAAAAAGUCAAACAAGAAGCGCAAGAGGGAACUUGCUGCGAAGCAGGUGCCAUCUCUCGAUUCCACGACACUCAAGGCCUAUCUGCGGAAGCAUCGGCUGAACAUCUCUGGUACAGAUUUCCCCCGUCCACUCGUAUCUUGGGCAGAAGCGGGUCAGAGGUAUGGCAUUCCAGACUGGAUGAUUAGUGAGCUGGAAAGCAGGGGCUGGGAUCUCACGGGUGUACAGAGAGCAGCUUUGUCCAUUGCAUUCGAGCGUCGAGAUCUCCUUGCAAUGGCGCCGACUGGAUCAGGAAAGACUCUUGCCUACUUGCUGCCCCUUGUUCAUCAGAUCUACAAGGAUCGCGCAGCUCGCGCUGGAAGUAAGAAGGCCCCUUCGCCAGGUCCGAGAGCUCUUAUUCUAUCACCCACGCGAGAGCUGGCAACGCAGAUUUACGACGAGACUCGCCGCCUUUUGCAAGCCAGUCCAGAAGGGCAGGAAGAGGCUGCCAGGAGCCGUCCUGGUGCUAUUGUAGGGAAGAAGGCAAGCAAAGGAGUCCGGAUCGCGCUCUUGACAGGAGGAGAGCGCAUCAGAGCUGUGGAAGAGGCGGAGAAGGAGGCGAGCACAGGUGGGCAGGGAGCCAAGUUCGAUGUCCUGAUCUCCACGCCUCUGAGACUGGUACAAGCCGUAGAGGUAGAGGGCUGGAGUCUAGCCAAUGUGACUCAGGUGAUUCUAGAUGAAGCCGAUACGCUCCUCUCAGCGGCCUUCCUCAAACAGACGGAUCUUCUGCUAUCCCUCUGCACCUCUCCCUCGUUGCAGAAGUCUCUCUUCUCCGCCACUCUCCCAUCAUCCGUGGAGACCUUGAGCAAGUCAUUUCUCGCUCCAGACUACAUCCGAGUCAUUGUGGGAGCCAAGGACUCUUCCUCUGAGGAUGUAUCGCAGAAGCUCAAAUACGUGGGAACGGAGGAAGGCAAGCUUCUCGAGCUGAGAACAAUGCUGAAGAUGGGAGAGGUGAAGCCGCCCACGCUACUCUUUGUGCAGUCCAUCGAGCGUGCCAAGGACUUGUACAAUGAGUUAGUCUAUGACGGCUUGCGCAUCGACACAGUUCAUUCGGACCUCUCGCGCACGCAGAGAGAAGGUGUCAUCUCCUCUUUCAAGCGAGGCGAGAUCUGGCUACUGAUCUGCACCGAGGUCCUCUCCCGUGGACUGGACUUCAAGGGUGUAGAGCUAGUUCUCAACUACGAUUUCCCGCUCAGUACGGAAUCUUACAUUCACCGCAUCGGACGUACUGGACGUGCUGGUCGAAAAGGUCGAGCGGUCACCUUUUUCACAAAGGAGGACGCGCCCAACCUUCGCUCGAUUCUGAACAUCAUCAAGCAGAGCAACCCAGAAGCCGCGACGGAGGGGAACAUCCCGCAGUACUUGCUCAAUUUGCCAAAGGUGGGGAGGAAGGAGAAGAGGAGAUUGAAGAGAAAGGUAGUGGAGAGACAGAGCGUCGGAGAAGCUUCUGGUAGUCGGGUCAAGGAGCUGGAUGAGAAGGAGAGGAGAGAGGGGCGGAGAUUGAUGGAGAAGAAGGGCAGGACAGAGGCGAAAGCUGGGCAGCAAAAGAAGAAGAACAAGAGUCAGCAGAGUGAGGCUGUCUCGAGCGAUGAGGACGAGAGCGACUAGUCUGUUCUUGAUCGCAGUCACUUGUUCUCCUACAAUCAGAAAUGACAAUUUCCUUUCGCUGUUACUCUGGUAUAUAGGUGACAUGAUUUUUUGGUGACUGACUCUAUGCAAGAUUCGCGCCUUGCUCUGCUUCAAGGAUGGUAGAGCUGUUGUUGCUUGAGUCUCUCCCUCUCCAAUUUGUCCAUUAGUUCUUCAUCGUCCUCUUCGUCCCACCC